AUGGAGUUUACUAGGCAUUACCUUCCAAUGGAAUGGGAAGAGAGAUGGAGGAGAGACAAGGAGAGGAGGAAACGAGUGAUUGAAGAAGGUGGCGAAGAAGGGAUUGAACAGGACAACCGCGAACUGAGGAGGAUCGUGGCGUACAAUGACUCCAGGAUGGGGCUGAUGAGUGGGAGGGGUAAAAAACAGGGGUCGGAGGUCGGGAUGAGUGGUGCUAGUCUGGAAGGAAUUGGGCAGCAUGUGAGAGAGGUAGCAUUCUGGGAUGAAGGACUUGGCGAUAAAGUCCACACAUACCGCAUUGACACCUAUCCUAAAGAGGUAUUCAUUGCCCUGAAGGAAUUCUGGGAUUCAUCUCUUCUCACAGACCUCACUCUGACCACUGACAACGGGAACGGCUUUCACGUACACUCCCCUAUUCUUGCUGCUGUCAGCUCCUUCAUCCAAGAAAGACUGAGGGAUGAAAGUGGAGUACGAUCAGGCAACGAUAAUGAUGUAGAAGUCCGAAGGCGGUCAGUGUCUCUGUCUCCUGAGGUUGAUCAUGUUGGGCUACAGGCAGUUUUGGAGUUUGCCUACACUGGAGCUGUGUUGUCUUUGAACAAAGACGGCAUGUCCUCGAUUAUGGCUGCAGCUCAAGCUCUGGGCAUUCCUAGAGUGCUGGAUCUCUGCAACAAAGAAGAGCGGGUGAAAGAAGGUGGCAGUCCGAAGAAGGAAGAGCGAAAGAUAUCUGCCCUUGAACAGAUGAAGAUUACUCUCCAGUCCAUCAAUCAGUUGUGGGCAGACAGAGUUGGGUAUGAUGUGAUAUUGGAUGUGGACGGUGCUGUAUUCCAUGUCCACAGAGUUAUCCUGGCAGCAAGCAGUGACUACUUCCGCAGCAUGUUCACCUGCGGGAUGAGGGAAUCCAACCAGACAUGCAUUGCCCUUCCCUUCCUGUCACCUUCUGAGUUAGAGGCUCUGAUUUGCUGCUCCUACAGUGGAACUCUUCCACUUAGCUGGGACUGUGUCUUCGAGAUCUCCUGCACAGUGCUCCAGCUUCAGUUCCAGCAUGCCCUCUCGCUUUGCCUCAAAUUCAUGAGUCAGGAAAUGGAGGCAAGCUCUUGCCUGGAUGUGGCAUCAUUUGCUGAAGCCUAUGAGAUGCCAGAGUUGCUCGAGGAAGCCAAUGACUUUGUGCUGAAGAACUUCUGGGAGGUGUCAGCGACGUCAAAGUUUCAGGACCUACCAGCAGAGAAGCUUCUGGACAUCCUCUGCUGUGAUGAUCUGUGCGUGCCCUCAGAGUUGGCUGUAUUUCGAGCCGUAAUCUGUUGGAUUGAGGCUAAUCCUAAAGAGAGGUCGGGCCAGGCUGGCGUACUGAUGACCGGAGUCCGGUUCCCCCUCAUGACCUUUCGAGAGUUCAGGGAGGUCAGGGCCAUUACCCUACGCAUGGAGAGCUUCGGAAACAAAGAGGCAGAACUCUAUGGUUCAGCGCUCAAGGAAUUUGGUUUCAACCUUCCAGAAACCCAGGAUCAGUGCCGGGUCCGACGUCCCAAAGACGCCCUGGUUGUGGUCGGGGGAGACCAGCUGGACCCAGAUGUGGGACAGCGCAUACCAAGCAGGGAACUGUGGUUUGCAAACUCCUUACGCAGUGGUAUAGGCUUGGUGAAGAAGAUUGAGUGGAGGAGGCUGGGUGAGAUGCCAGACAAGCCAAAGUUCAGGCAUGGAAUAGCAGCAAUGGUGGGAAAGUUGUAUGUGUUUGGAGGAUGCUACUACUACUGCAAGGAUGACAUGAUGAAAUCUGCCUACAGUUAUGACCCCGUACAGGACAGCUGGAAAAGGCUCGCUGACAUGCAGGAGUUUAGAAGCAACUUCUCAGUGGUGGUACACGAAGAGCGUCUUUAUGCCAUUGGUGGAGAUAAGGAGAUCAACACCAACCUAGACAGCGUCGAGAUGUACAACCCAGACACCGACUCCUGGAGGUAA